AUGCAAGUCCUUCUCCUCGGCGGCCACGGCAAAGUCGCUCUGCGAUUGACCCCGCUUCUCCUCAAUCGCGCCUGGAACGUCACCAGCGUGAUCCGCAACCCGGACCAUGAGCCCGAGAUCCUUGCCUUGGGCAAGGGCACCAAGGGCAAACUUAAUGUCCUGAUCUCUAGCUUGGAUGAUAUCAAGAGCGACGCCGACGCAAAGAAGAUCCUAGACGCCGUGUCCCCAGAUUAUGUCGUGUGGUCUGCCGGCGCCGGCGGAAAAGGCGGACCAGAGCGAACCUUCGCGAUCGACGAACGAGCAGCCAAGCACUUCCUCACAGCCUCAUUCGCGUCUCCGCGCGUGACCAAAUUCCUACUCGUCUCAUGGCUCGGCAGCCGCCGGGUUCAUCCAACCUGGAUGUCCGACGCAGACUGGGCCGGGGUGCAGAAUGUCUUCAACAAUGUGCUGCCGGCGUAUGCGAAAGCCAAGCUCGAAGCAGACGAGUACAUGACGGCGUUAGCGGCGCAGCGCAAGAAGCAGGUCUCAGUCGGCCAGGCGGGGCCGAUCCAGGCGAUUAAUCUGCGUCCUGGGACGUUGACGGAUGAGCCGGCGACUGGGAAAGUCGCGUUGGGUGUCACACCUGGACGGAGCAAGGUAACGAGGGAGGAUGUGGCGAUUGUGGCGGAUCGGUUGUUGGCGCGCGCGGAUACUGACGGUUGGUAUGAUUUGGUGAAUGGGGAGGAGCCGGUUGAUGAGGCGGUGGAGCGCGUGGUGAGGGAGAAGGUGGAUGCCGUGGAGGGAGAGGAUGUGGAUGCGAUGGUAAAGCGCUUCUUUCCUUGA